AUUGUGGGACACUCUUUCAGUUUAUUUUGGAUUUCGGGUGGUGAGCUCUUGUGGUGCAAAAAAAAAAAAGAUUCUGGAGCUCAUUUCCUGGCGAUAUUCCGGUGGGAAUUAGGUAAAAUUGUGCGUGUUUGUGUGUGGAAUUAGCCAUGGAGAUUGACAUUAAAGUUCUGGAGGAAGCGGUGGUCCUCUUCUACCGCUCGGAAUCAUCGCAACAAGCACGGGCACACGAGUGGCUGUCGCAGGUACAGCUGAGCCCCCAAGCUUGGCAAUUUUGCUGGGAACUCAUGGCUCCGGAUAAGACGUGUGAGGUCCAAUUCUUCGGUGCUACCACCCUGCAUUCAAAGUUACUGAAAUACUGGCAUGAGGUGCCCAAAGAGAUGCACGAGGAGCUCAAGCAGAAGCUCCUGCAGGCAAUUGUGGCCUUCGGUGGGGGUCCCAAGCUCGUGCUAAAUCGCCUCUGUAUUGCCUUUAGUGCAUUCAUCGUACACAUGCUCGAGGAAUGGCCAACAGCCAUUGAGGAUGUCACGAAUACCUUUCAGAAUCAGCAACUGGCCAAUUUGUCCGUGAACACACAGAUUUGGAUUAUGAUGGAGAUUCUCGGUGGUAUCCCCGAGGAGGCAAAUGCAAUCUACACGUCUGUGCAGAGGGCUAUGCUAAGGCAGGAAAUUAACAAGCGCACGGGCUUCAUUCUCUCCACAAUUGAUGGGUAUCUCAGUGUUAAAUGUGAUGCCCCUGGACUUGAGGAUGAGGACACCGCAUCAAUGCUGCGGGCUGUGAAAUGUGGUGGGCUGUGGCUGAAGAAUGGUCAUCCAAUGGAUAGUUGUCUCAAAUUCGCCGAAACCCUUCUGAAGCUCGUAAAUAAGUGCUAUUGGAGCUGUGUCCAGGGCGAUGGGUGUAUGUCAGCGGAUGAGAAUGAAUUGGCAGAAGUAUGCCUGGAGACACUAUCAUUCAUCAUGGUGCAACCCGAUGCCCACAGGUAUUCAAAUACAGCCCUUGUGAUGAUUCGAAUGUUCCUGGAGUCCCUGACGGAAAUCCUCAAGGCUGAAUGGCGGGAGAAUAAUCUCAAUGAGGACAUUGCCGUUGGCAUUUACACUCUCUUAAUUGCUUCCAUUGAAUCCCAAUCGCGCCUCCUGCUCACGGGGAUUGCGUCCGACAGUGCGGAACAUCGUGAAUUGUACACGAGGCUCAUUGAGGAGAUUCUCCAGUGUACCAAUAAGCCGGGAAUUUACCCUGUGGAGGAAUCCUGCAGUGUUCUCGCCAUGGGAUUUUGGUACAUGCUUCAGGAUGAGGUGUUGUCGCUGGAUCCGAGUGUGCAACGGAGUAAGUGCAUGGAGACAAUCAGGCCACUCUAUGCGCAUCUGACCAAAGUUCUCGUGCGGAAGGCACAACAGCCCAAUGAGGUGUCCAUUGAGCGAUGGAGUUCCGAUGAUUUGGAGACUUUCCGCUGCUACCGUCAGGACAUAUCAGACACCCUCAUGUACUGCUACGAUGUACUUCACGAUGAUCUCCUGGAGAUUUUUGCAGCUAUUCUCGAUGAGGGAAUUCUCGCGGUGCAGAGUGAUCAGUUGAAUUGGCCAAAACUCGAGGCUGUCAUCUAUUCCAUGUGCUCCAUUGCUGAGCACAUCUCCGUGACGGAGAACAUCGUCAUCCCGAAGCUGAUGCACACCCUCAGUGAGAUACCCUAUGAGACACUCAAUGAGAAACUCCUGGGAACAGCAUUGGAAACAAUUGGGUCGUACUGUGAGUGGUUCAAGGAGAAUCCUGUCUACCUCCCGCCAGCGAUUGAUCUCCUCGUGAAGGGACUCAACUCCACAAUGGCAUCCCAGGCAACGUUGGGACUCAAGGAGCUCACGAGAGAGUGCCAAAUGCAGAUGAAGAUCUACGCUGAACCCCUGCUGAAGGCAUGCGAACAGAGCCUUCACGGUGGACACCUCAAGAAUGCCGAAUCCGUCAGACUGAUGUACAGCAUUGGGAGGCUCAUGAGUAUGCUGAGUCCGGACAAAAUUCCCGCUUGUUUGGACCUCAUGGUCUCCCCGUGCUUCGAGGAACUCCAGCUAAUCACGCAGAAUCGCACCCAGACGGAAGCAGCGAAAAUACGAACACUCUUCCGCCUAAACAUGGUAUCCACGCUGUAUUCAUCCCUCAACACGAAGGGUGUUCAGCAGGAGAACACAGACAGCACCAAUGCCCAACCCGUCCUACUUGUCAUGGAGAGAACAAUGCCAAUCUUCCGGCAAAUUGGUGAAAUGUGGAUUGAUGACACGCAAAUAAUUGAGGCGCUGUGCAAUAGUCUCAAAUACGCCGUGACCAAUUUAAUGAAUGACUCCAAGCCAAUGCUUCCGGAUCUCUGUUGCUUGAUCAUCUCAAUCUUCCAGACAAAGUGUGUGUGCCCUGCAAUGGAUAUCGCCAAAACCUGCAUCAUUAUGUUCUACAAUGAUGCCGAUAUGCAUGCUAAAAUGCAUCAACUUCUCGUUGAAAUUAUUGCCUACAACAUUCGUCAUUUUGAGCAAAUUCCAGAGAAUAAUUUCUCCGACGUCUCGGACCUUCUUGAAUCCUUUUUUGCCUUGAAUGCCCAAAUUGUGCGAAAAUUGCCGGUGGCUUAUUCACGCGGCGACAUUGACUGCUACAAAUUAAUCUUCUUCGCCAUGAAAGCAAUGGUUCUACCCGAGAGUGGACCAACAAAGUAUAGUACGCAAUUUCUCAAUCAUUUCAUCAUGCAAUCCCGACAAUAUCCCAACAUGACGACAGCUAUAAUCGAACGAGGGGGUCAAAUAAUUCAAACAACACUCCUGUGCAUUGGUUCACUAACGCCACGGACACAGGUUGAGGUGUUUGCCGAUAUAUUUCUCUCUAUAAAUAAGAAAUAUCCCCAAGAAUUGAUUGUCUGGCUGAAAAUUCUCGCUACGCCACAAUUCCCCACAGCCCUCGUGACGGAUAGUGAGAAGAAUACUUUUAUGAAUACCAUUAUAAGAGAAAAAGUAAAUAAGCGCAUAAUCCAGGGACAAGUGAGAGAAUUUUCCGCCAAAUGUCGUGGAAUACUUGAGAAAAUUUAAAACAUAAACCAUAAAAAAAUAUGUUUUAAUCAUUUUAAUUAAUGAAAAUUAUUUUUAACAAAAAAAAAUGCUUAUUUAGUUUUUUUUUCUCAUUAAUUUCAUUGUGAUAAAAAAAUUAUUAUAUUAGGCAACAAAGGAAACAAGUCUUUCAAUGUCCAGAUUGUGAAGAAAAAAAUGAUCUGUAUAUAGGGAAAAGAAAAGUUUAUUUUACAAGAGAGAGAGAGAAAGAAAAUCAUGUAAUUUAUCUUAAAUGUAUGUAAUAUGUAAUUUUAUGCAAAAGUGAGAAAAUAAAGAUAUUCAUGUGACGACUGCAAAA